AUGGCUGUUGAGAACUAUACUACAUUUACUGACUUUGUAUUCUUAGGACUUUCUGAAAGACAGGAUAUGCAACAGGGGCUUUUUAUGCUUUUCCUCUUUGUUUAUGGUAUAACUAUGAUUGCCAAACUGGGGAUGAUCCUACCGAUUCACAUGGAUGCCAGACUUCACAUACCCAUGUACCAUUUCCUAAAUAAUUUAUCCUUCUGUGAUGUCUGCUAUUCCUCCACUGUUUCUCUCAAGAUGCUGGCUGAUUUCUUAUCUGAGCAAAAGAGAAUUCCAAAUAAUUUAUGUGCCGUUCAAAUGUACUUUUUUGGAGCCUUUGCAGAUGUGGAGUGUCUCAUGUUGGCUGUUAUGGCCUAUGAUCGUUAUGUGGCCAUUUGCAGUCCCCUUCUUUAUACAAUUGCAAUGUCCCAGAGGAUCUGUACCCAGCUAGUGUCUGCUGUCUAUGCUGUAGGCUUGGUGGAUUCAGCAAUCCACACCUGCUUCACAUUUCAAUUGUCCUUCUGUAAGUCAAAUGUCAUCAAUCACUUUUUCUGUGACAUCCCUCCUUUGCUAGCUCUUUCCUGUUCAGAUACAUCCAACAGUGAGAUAGUGAUGUUCACUUUCAUUGGUUGUGUUGUCGGGGUUAGCAUUGUCACUGUUCUUCUCUCCUACAGCUGUAUCUUAGCUACCAUCUUUAAGAGGAACUCAGCUGAGGGCAGAUGUAAAGCCUUCUCUACAUGUGCCUCCCACCUAACAGUUGUGGCCAUAUUUCAUGGUACACUAUUGUUCAUGUAUUUCAGGCCCAGCUCAAGUUAUUCGAUGGACACAGAUAAAAUGGCCUCUGUUUUCUACACAGUUGUGAUCCCUAUGUUAAAUCCACUGAUCUACAGCUUAAGAAAUAAGGAUGUGAAGGGUGCUCUGAAAAAAGCAAUCAAUAAAUUCUGCUCUGGGUAA